AUGGCUUCCUAUAAUUCUACUUCUUCUUACAACAGAACCUAUGAAAAGAAGGUUGGUCUGAAACUUUUCGAACUUUGGUAUAAUACUACACCUUUGCUCGCGUUUGAUACUGAGAAAAAACCGUGAAUCACUGAAAUAUUCAAAGAACUUGAUAAAACUAUCCAAUUGUCGUACUCUUACAAAAAAAGUGUAGCCAACAAGUUGCAGGUUAUCGAAGAAGCUCCUCGAGUGCGCAUCACGACUCAAACUCACACGCCUUUCAUCGGUGGUAUUGGUCUCCCGGUCAGUUUUUUUUUCUUUUUAGGACUUGCUUUGGGCGAAUUUUGUGCUAAAUUCAAAAUAAAACCAAACUUUUCAAUCUCAUUGAGCUUUGGCAUUUUUCUGAGAAAAUGUUGAAGCAUUAUCCGUUUUGCAGAUGCAGGAGCUGAAAAUUCAAGGAUUGUCUCCGUUCAUUCCAACCUCAGGGCUGCAGUUCCACGGUUCGGGUUGAGAUCAUCACAAUUUCAAAAAACUGAAUUUAUAUUAUUCAGGACAAGUAUCUUCUUUCCACGCCACCGACGACUCUUUCUUCGCCAGCCUCGAUGUGAGCGCCUACGACGACGAUCUUAUGAAGGUUCCUUUUCAAAAAGUCUCAUUAGAAUUUCUUUUUCUCUCUCAGGUCUCCGUAGUCGGUCAGCAAAUUGUAGUUGAAGCUCAUCAAUCUGAAAAAUCAGAUGAAAUGGGAACCAUCGAGAGGACUUUCACUAGGUUUUCAUUGUUUCUUUUAACACGCCAAAUGAGUUUUCUAGAAAGUUCGCGCUUCCAAAAAACGUCCAACCAGAAUCCGUGACCAGCCAACUGACUACCGACGGCAUCCUCACAAUUAAGGCCUUGCCGCCCAACAAGGUUAGUUUGUACAAGAGUAUAUUCAUCUGCAGUUGAAGCUUAUAAGCUCUUGUGUUCUAGGAAACGACGCCAGCGCGCCAGAUCCAAAUCAAAAUAGUCAACAACAAUCCACAGGAAGCUUCCAACGAGAGUGCCAAAACGACGGAAGGGGAACAAAAAUGA